GCUUUGACAAGGCCAGGAUACCGGCCACCAGCACAAUCGUCGUUGCCGUUAUCAGCGAUGUCAGGCCCCUUUCCGGUUCAAGCUGGCACACAGCCAAGUGGCACAUCUGCAGCAGGCGCACAGACUGUUGCAUCUUCUUCUUUGGGUCCAGCGGUGGUUGCUACACCACCGCAACAGGCUAGUCCUCCACAAGGACAGCCGCAAGGUCAAUGGUAUCCCAAGACCCCAAUGAAACCGCCUCUUGCCUUCUCAGGCGAGAAAAAGGACGAAGAAUUCAACACAUGGUUGAGGACCGUCCCGGUUUGGGUGAAGGCCAAAAGGACCUUGCCUGAGGACAAAGUGGUAACUGCGGCGUCUUACCUUGAGGGUAAGGCAGCCAAGUGGUUAGAUGGUGUAGUUGUGAAGGCCGGGUACGGGAGGCGCAUGGCAGAUUGGGCUAAGUCUUUGACUUUAGACCAAUUCAUGGAGAUGGUAGAAGCUCGAUGGCAUAAUCCACAGGAGGCUCAAAGGGCCAUUGAUGCCAUUAACAAACUUGACCAACGCAAGUUCAGGUCAUUUAGGGAGCUUACGACUACCGUCGAGAGUCUGAUCCUCGUCCCAGGCAUCAACUACAGUGACCAGUUCCUCUUAACCACGUUUGUUAGAUGUCUACCUGAGAACAUGAGGAACUUACUAGCCAGCGAGGCACGCACUGAGUACCACUCAUUUGAGACAUUGUCUAGGAAAGCCUUAGAUUUAGAGGCCACGUUAGGCAAUGCUCAACCCACCUCAGGGAAUGACUCAAAGAAGAAGAAGAGUCCUCAGGAGUGGAAGAAGAAGGGGGCGAAGUUGAUGAUGGUUGAGUCUGAUGGGACUCAAACUGAGAUUGAUGAGCUCUCUGACCUGUUGGACUACUCGGAGUAUGACGGCGAGGAGGUAGCUGAGGGUAGCACCCUUGCCGCGGUAGUAAAGACUAAGGCAGGUGGCCGAGGGAAGGGCCAACCUAGGAGUCAAGGGAAGGCCGCCUCCAAUCAGACCAAACAGUCUGAGUGGGUAAAGGCAGGUCUUGAUCAAGACGUGUGGCGUGACCGCCAAAUGCGUGGCGCUUGCAUCAACUGCGGAGAAUACGGACACACGCAGUGGAAGUGUCAGAACGCUAAGGCUACGCAAAAGGUUGCUCCAAAAGUAGGGACAACCUAUUCCCAGGCUUCUAGCUCGGGAAACGCGUAGGGCCAGUGGAAGUAGUAGCGGCUUCUACUCAAGAUGAAGUGGGACCCUCCUCACUUCAUGACAAGGCCGAAGCUAAUGACUCCUUAGUCACCCCGCAGACACAACUAGACCAAACUAUGCUUUGUACGUUAGAUGUGUCUGAGGCCUUAGAAGACUUAGAAGGCGAGUGGUCAAAUAAGGAUCCUCGCGAGUCUUGGGUGGCGCUAAAAAAGGGUCCUAAAGGGGAACAUUUCGUAGUGGAAGUGGAUGUAGGAGGCCGCAAAUGUGGAGCCUUCAUAGACAACGGAUCCACGCGAAAUUACAUAAGUCGCGAUUGUUUGGAAAGGUUGCACCUACAGGACCGGGUACGGCACCUUAGUAGACCAGUAGCAUCUACUUUGGCCAACAAAGAGCGCAUGAUUGU